AUGAUAUUUGCGUACAGCUUGCGGAAGUACAUUCCCCGAUACCACAUUCUGCGUCAGUUGGGCGAAGAAGAAAUCAACUCUGCGCGCACAGACUCGCAGUCGGAUCCACCUAGGCAGGUGUUAGUGGGAUCCUACAUCAUCCCAGGCACUGAAUUCUAUGCAGUCACAAGCUACAGGAACCGGGAUGUAGUAGAGACGAAAAUCAGGCAAAACAAGUAUGCCAAGGGCUUUCGGGAUCGUGGAGCCAGAGGAGGUUAG